CAAAUCCAUGGUUAUUGAACUAAUCAUUUGUAUAAAUCUCAUGAAAUCCCCCUUAUUGAAAAAAUGAGAUUUCUUCAACAAUAUUUAUCAAGAAUUAUUUUGGAUUAUCUAAAAAAUAAUUUGUAGUUAAAAUUCAGUUAGAUGAAAUACCACCAUAAGAAUAACUUGAACUUGGUGAAUGAUGAGAGAGAAGGCGACAAAAAGGCGAUUACAGAACGGUUAACGUUAUGGCAGUUUCUCGCCACGAUUUUCGUGGUUGAGCGUGAUGAUGAUGACGGAGAGGGGUUUACACAGCAGUUCACACCCACGAUGUCAACUAACUCCACGAGGGAUCCAUUAUCCUUCUGUGACAAAGCGGUUAAACAGAGAUUGGAGGGUUUGAAGUCCUAUUUAAACUCUAAAAAGUGGGAUGUUUCUCAACCAUCAAUUUCAAUCCUUCUAGUCAUAUUAACCACUUUCUUUUGGAAAUUUUUCUUCACUAUCAAAAUCAUGGCGGAUGGGAUACGACGUGCGAUGCAAGAUAUUGAUCUUGGUGCUUCUGCAGCACCGGUGGUGAUGCCUGCUGAGAUGGUUCGUCAAGCAGCGGAGGAGAACCGGUUUAUCAUCAUAGGCAGACCGGUCAUGCCCAGAAGACAAAACUUACGAGCCAUUGUGGCAACUAUGCCUCGUACUUGGGGACUUGAAGGGAUCGUUCGAGGCAGAAUCACCGAAGGAAGAAGAUUUCAGUUCGUGUUUCCUUCUGAGGAAGCAAUGGAAACGGUCUUCCGUCGAGGACCAUGGGCUUACGCAGAGAGAAUGCUAGUGCUCCAACGGUGGACGCCUCUGAUGGAUAUGGGAAUGAUGAACUUUAUUCCUUUUUGGGUGCAAAUUCGAGGUAUUCCUCUACAGUAUAUGAAUCGUGAAGUCAUCCUCUUCAUCGCCAGGAACAUGGGUCAGUACAUACAAAUGGAGUACAAUGAAGAGACAGGUGGUCGUUUGGAGUUUGUAAGAGUUCGUUUGAACUGGAAUGUUAACCACCCACUGCAGUUUCAGAGGAACUUCCAGUUCACUCCUGGAGAGAACACUCUGCUUCGUAUCCAGUAUGAACGGCUCAGGGGCUUUUGUGAAUCAUGUGGUCUCAUCACUCAUGACACUGGUGCGUGUGUCAUCAACAAUGGAGGAGAUGCUCCAGAUGCAGGGGAUAACGAUAGUGGGGAUGAUCAUGAUGAUGUUGAACUAGUCCCUAAUCAAGGUAUCAUCAUUGAAGAGAUUAAUGAUGAAGACAUUGGGCCGGAAGAGGAGGCACCAGUAGAGCACGCCCAAGAGAUGUAUGAGAGACAAGUUGAAGAAAUGGAAGAGGUUGCUGAUGAUGAGGAGCUUGGGAGGGGUCCAUACAUUGCUACUAUGUUCUCUGAUGAAUACAAUACUGAGGAGAUGUAUUCAACUGAUCCAUUUGGACUUCGUGCUGCGGCUGCAAGCGACAAAGAUGAGAUUGCAAAGGGGAUGAAACGCAAAGUUUGGAUGGAGGAAGCUGAUGUUAACAAAGCAAAGUUCACGAAGCGAGAGUGGGGAGAAAGCAGUACAUUGAGUGCUUCGAGACUGACUGAGGAACAAAGAGAAGAUAAUGCAGAGCAGAGUACCAACAAGGCUGAACAGAGAGGCGCGGUGGGCCCAGAACCACCUCUGCCACCAUGAAGACAAUCUGCUGGAACUGUCGA